UGCUGCAAGCGCUCGCCUUUACUAGAUAGCCAUUUUCAGGAACUCUUAGCUUCGGGCACGUUAUAGCUGGAAAAUAUAUCUACUGUAUAUUAUAUUCUUCUGUAACAUUUGCGAAUAAUUUCACGUUAUAUUUGCAUUGACAACCGCCAAGAGUCUUUCUUUUUAAUCGGAUCUAUUUACCAACCGCGAACAGCCUCAAGUUUAGUAUUUCUUUUUUAUCACAUUUAUCAGAUUAGACAUUUAAUGGAUAUACGUGGUCGGAAUGUCUGCGAUUUCGUCGCGGAGUUUCGAAAUUUGACCGAAGACGUAAAGAAAUCGCGAUCGAGGCAGACGAAAUGGUUUGCGAAGUACGAGCCGUUAUUGAAGGAAUACGAAAAACUACAACAGGGACUGAAUAAAUUGUAUAAAGAGAGAACUGCCAAAGAUAAAGUCAAGGAUGAUGCGUUUAUCGAAAAAGAGAGAACGUGCUUGCCGAUACCGAUCACAACUAGCGGCGAGUACGGCUGGCUCGCAUCGAAACCGGAGUUUCGCCUGGAGAAGUAUGGCUCGUACAUUGUAAAUUAUCCUAUUCCUUCCAAAGACGUAACUUUUAUUUCGGGAAAUAUACCGACACUCGCGGCAGGCAAGAGUUUUGUGUUUGACACCAGAAAAAAAAAUUUAAAUUUUGUUAUUCCAGAGUAAUUCAUUUCAAGGUACGUUUAAUUCGGAGAUUUAUUCUUACCUCUCGUACAAUUAUUAAUUGUCAGUCUAUUGGCGAUAAUCUAGAACGAUGACUGUAGGUUUAUCGAAUGCAAACGAUAUAUACACGAUAUUACCCU